UAUUUUAGUUGCUCGAAUGGAGCGACAUUAUUAGCUCAUCAUGAAUUUAUACAAUUAACGAAUACUUACCGGGCCACCCACCGGUAUUACGCAGCCCACAGAUUCGAGUUCCCUGUCCAAUGGCGUAGCUCCAUCCGCACACCCAAUCGCUCGAACGGAGAAUCUCACCCCUGAGUUUCAUCUUCCCUAUAAAGUCCAUUCGUACUUCGCCUUUGAGGCUGUCUAAUCUAGCUUAACAACGCCUUGACCAUCAAGUCACCGACCCCAGAAGCCGCUCCACUUCAAGGGAGAGAAGAUGCAGAGUUUGCAAGAUAAGGCUUCCGAGUGGAGCGGAGUGAAGCGUGAAGAUGCCUUCGCCAUCGACGAAGUCAAUUUGUUUCAGAAGUUAGGUCUCCAGACGUUCGUUAAUCUAUCGACCAAAUUCUAUAACAGGGUGUAUGACGACGACGAGGAGUGGUUCCGAUCAAUUUUUGGGAAUUCGAAGAAGGAGGAUGCAAUUCAAAAUCAGUACGAGUUCUUCGUGCAGAGAAUGGGAGGUCCGCCUCUAUAUUCUCAAAGAAAAGGUCAUCCAGCUCUUAUAGGUCGACAUCGACCAUUCCCAGUCACGCAUAGAGCGGCGGAGAGAUGGUUACAUCACAUGCAACUAGCAUUAGACGAAACCCCAGAUAUAGAUGCAGAUUCAAAAGACAGAAUGAUAAAAUUUUUCAGACACACAGCUUUCUUUCUAGUGGCUGGAGAUGAAAUGAAGAAUCAAAACCUACAAACUCAAUGCAAGCAUGGUAUCCAGCAAUCUGCUGCGCCGUAGACAUUCUAGGACAGAAACAUAGCUUUUACACAAACAAAUAAUUUCGAAGCAUAAGAUUGUUGGAACUAGGUGAUUCUUCGUGUAUUUCCAUGGCCAACUGACCUUUAAUCUUUACAAUGAAGAGAGGGAUCUCCUCAAUUUGACUUCAAAUGAAGGCAGCUUAUUUUGAAAUGGUUAAUGUAAACCAUUUUGUAAUAUGAUGCAAUUAUAUAUUUCAUUUAGGUGCCUUAUGUUCAACUGUGUUGAUUUAUCUCCUUCGUCGAACAUGUGAUUCUCCACUUUGAUUGACUUUCUACAUGUUUAUUUAUACUUUUUUUAAAAA